AUGGUAGUGCUGAACAUGAAUAAUGAGGCCGAUAUGCCGGUAAGAGACGGCUUGAAGAAGCCGCUCGUCGGCGUCAUUGAUGAUGGAACGAAAACCGUCAGAUUUGUGAUAUACGAAGCUGAGCGUUCAGAAGAAUUAGCAGCUUAUCAGUUAGAUAAGACAGAAGUGCAGCCACAGGAAGGAUGGUACGAACAGGAUCCGAUGGAAAUUUUGAACCAUAUAAGAACAUGCUCCGAGAAAGCUAUUGAACAACUGACUGAAUUAGGUUAUUCCAAAGAAGACAUCGUUACAUUAGGCAUAACAAAUCAGAGAGAGACAACUAUAGCAUGGGACAAAUUCACUGGUGAACCGUUACACCCAGCAAUAGCAUGGAACGACAUACGUACAGACAGCACAGUGGACGCGAUAUUAGCGAAAGUGCCCGACCGUAACAAGAACUACUUGAAGAGUAUAAGCGGCCUGCCUAUAAGUCCCUAUUUCAGUGCGCUUAAAAUGAGAUGGCUUAAAGACAACAUCAAGGCAGUGAGGAGAGCGAGCAGGGAUAAACGGUUGCUGUUCGGGACAGCCGACUCUUGGAUUGUUUGGAAUUUAACCGGAGGUCCCCAAGGCGGUCUCCACAUAACAGACGUCACAAAUGCAUCUAGAACUCUUCUCAUGGACCUGGACACUUUGAAUUGGGACCCUAUGUUGUGCAGAUUGUUUGGAAUACACAGGGAUUCACUACCGCAGAUACGGAGCAGUUCGGAGUUGUAUGGUGUCGUCCAGGAUGGAUCAAUUUUAGAGGGCAUUCGAUUAUCUGGGAUAUUGGGUAAUCAGCAAGCGGCAUUAGUGGGGCAAAAUUGCCUUCAAGCGGGCCAGGCUAAGAACACCUACAGAAGCGGUUGCUUCCUCUUAUACAAUACCGGGCCGAGGCGAGUGCAGUCAAUGCAUGGCCUUGUUACCACAGUGGCAUACAAGCUUGGCCCUAAUGCACCGGCGAUAUAUGCUUUGGAAGGUUCAAUAGCGGUGGCGGGUGGAGCCAUGAAGUUUCUUCGCGACAAUCUGAAACUCAUAAAGGAUGUGGUGCAAGAAACAGAGCAUAUUGCUGGGCAGGUGUUCUCCACGGGAGACGUGUACUUUGUGCCGGCGUUCAGCGGCUUGUACGCGCCAUAUUGGAGGAAGGACGCUAGAGGAAUUAUCUGCGGUUUGACUGCGUUCACCACAAAGAAUCACAUUAUAAGAGCUGCUUUGGAAGCAGUUUGCUUCCAGACGAGAGACAUCUUAGAAGCAAUGAACAAAGACUGCGGUAUGCCACUAUCGAAGUUGCAUGUGGAUGGGAAGAUGUCUUCAAAUGAUCUUCUCAUGCAGCUUCAAGCAGAUCUAACUGGAAUACCUGUGUUGCGCGCGCAUUCUUGGGACAUGGGUGCGCUGGGCGCGGCCGUGGUUGCGGGGCACUGCGCUGGCGUGUGGGGCAUCGAGCGCUGGCGCCACCACGCCACGCUCGCAGACACCUUCCUGCCCACCACCACCGAUGACGAUCGCAACGUGAGGUACACGAAAUGGAAGAUGGCGGUGCAACGUUCACUCGGCUGGGCGACAACUAAAAAAUCCAUCGCAAUGACAGAGGAAAGAUAUAAACUUCUGGCAUCGAUUCCAGCUACAUUAUACAUAAUUGGUAGUUUCACAAUGCUAGUCGUUUCAAAAAUGCUCAAAAAUAGUUGA